AUGUUCUGCAUUUUGAACUGUGAGUGCAUUAUAGAUGCGUCAGUUAAUCCCUAUGUUCAGUUAAGAGAAGCCGUGUAUGCGGCAGAUAUAAGACUUUCUGGAAUUAAGGAAGAAGUUAAAAGAAAGUCAAGAAAAGAGAGAGACAGAAAAUUAAAAGAAGGUCAAGAGGUAAAAGACCGGAAUUUAAAAGAAGAAUUGGAAGAAAGAGACGUACUAUUUGACAAAGAAUUAAGAACAAAUAUGAAUAUAAUUGAAGAAAAGAUCCACGAAGAUAUUAGAGAAAAAGUGAAAAGUGUAUUCGAAAAAAAUGAAAAAAGGGUGAAAACAUUUCAGGCUCAUGUGAUUAACCAAGGACUUUUGUUAGCAGGUGGCAACUGGAUAUUCGUUAAAAAAAAGAGUUCAAUAAGGGAAGCUCCAGUAAAAGAAGGCGAAGAAGCAAACGAAGAAGGAUUGUGUAAAUAUAAUGGCAAAUGGUACCAAGAAGGUGAAGAACUUCCUACUCGAAAACACUGUUUUGUUUGUCACUGCAAGAAAGGAUUUAAGGAGCCUAGUUCUCGAGAUUGUGCUAUAAUAGACUGCCCUUGGGGUUAUUAUCGGCAACAAUAUCCAGGUUGUUCAUCUGUAUACUCUGACGAAGAAUGUUGCCCUGUAGAAUGGAAAUGUCCAGAACCAGAACGUCCAGAUUUUUGUUACAAACCACCAACAGUGGGCGAGCUUCUUUGCACGCCAGCAAUGCAUAUGUUUUUCUACGACGCUCAGACAGCUGAAUGCAAGCCUUUCAUUUACGGAGGUUGUGAUAAAACAGGAAAUACCUUCAACACAUUGGAAGAAUGCAACCAAGUGUGUGUGGGGAAAAGAUUUGAAUGUCCAGCAGCCAGUGAACAAGAACACAAUCCAGAAGUGUGUCUUUAUAAAGGCGUCACCUAUCAGGUAGGGAAGGAAAUUAACAUCACUGAUCCAUGCAGACAUUGCACAUGCCGUCAGGGGGCUACAGCUGAAGACAUUGCUAUAAUAGAUUGUAUCUCAGUGGAAUGUCCCCACUUAUUUUUACCAACUACUUUAGAGAAAGGGUGUUAUCAUGUUUACGAAGAAGGAACGUGUUGUCCUGUACGUACGGAAUGUGUCGACGAGAGUAAUCAACAAACACCACGCGCCUCCUGUGAGUACAACGGAAAACGAUAUGAAUUAGGACAAACAAUUUCGCCUGAUGAGGACGAGUGUUUGACUUGUCUAUGCACUGAAGAGUGGAAUGGAAUUACCAACUCAAGCUGUAAACGUAUAGAAUGCUUACUGGAAGAAGACUUAACAAGACUCAGAAGAGGAUGCAUCCCGAUAUACCACGAGAGCACCUGCUGUCCGAUAGAAUAUCACUGUCCUCCCAGUUCAUCAGAGAGAAACGUUUCUGACGAAAACGUAAUGGACAAAAUAGAUAUUCCUGACUUCUGCAACCUACCAAACAAAACGGGCCCUUGCUUGGCGUACUUUCUUAACUACUUUUACGAUCACUCUGAAAGGCAGUGCAAAGAAUUUGUGUAUGGUGGUUGUCAAGGUAACGAAAAUAACUUCAGAUCACUUGCUGCAUGUGAAACGACGUGUAUGCCUGAAAACCGCACUGCGAAUCAAGAAGAUAUAGACAACCUGUGUUACUUCAACCGGAAGUAUUAUAGUAAAGGAGAACUUUUGGAGAUUAACCAUCCAACUAACUGUGUCAAGUGCACGUGCGACACCCCUCCAGAUUUUACAUGCAUCCACCAGACUUGUCCUCCACCCCCUCAUAACGACUAUGAGAACUGUAAACCUAUACAUCAUGAGGGAACUUGCUGCCCUGAGUACGUCUGUCGAAUGGCAGAUGAAAACACACACGAGAAUAUUAAAGAAGAAAGAAAGAGUGAUGACGAUGAAGUAGUGAUGAUUGGACCACCCCCUGAAGAAGAUCCUUGUACUGGUGAGAAAUGUGCAGAAGAUGAGCAAUGUGUAAUGUUCCAGGUUCAAUGUGUGAGAGCACCAUGUCCACCGCUUCCAACAUGUAUCAAAAUUAACCCAGACUGUCCAACACCUAGCUGUGCACCAGGCUGUGUGGUAAGCGAGUUGGAUGAAGAACACUGUCCCACUUGCGUUUGUAGAGGUCCUUUCUCACCAGCGAGAAUAGAAGCGGAACGCUGCCCAGUACCAUUUUGUGAAGGUUACGACUGUAUGUUGGGAAAUGGGAAAGAUGGGUGUAAAUUUUGCACCUGUGAAGUUGCAUGUAAAACACCCGUCUGUCAGGAAGGAUGUGAGCUCGAUAAUGGAACGCGUGAAGGCCAGUGUCCGUCCUGUGUUUGUAAAGUUGUUGAAGUGAACGUGGACAAAAUCGAUGGAGAGAAAGAUAACAACCAAGAACAAACCACUCACAAAGACGAAGAGUCAAAGCCUGAAAAUAUUUCCAGUAACCCAGAAAGAACCCGAUGAACCUAACAGCAACACAGAUGAUGCUGAAAAAGAGCCUAAUGAGCCCUCCAACAAUACAGACGACGACAAAGAACUCGAUGAACCUAACAGCAACACAGAUGCUGCUGAAAAAGAGCCUAAUGAGCCCUCCAACAAUACAGACGACGACAAAGAACUCGAUGAACCUAAUAGUAGCUUAGACGAUGAAGAGAACACCAAUGAACUCAACAGUAACACAAACGAUGAAGUUUCUAAUGCAACCAACAGUAGUAUAGAUGCUAAAGACGAUCCCAAUGAAUCCGACAGUAACACAGGCGAUGAAGAGACCGGUGAGCUUCAUAGUAAUAUAGGCAACGCAAUUAAAAUUAAUACCACUUCUGUCCGAUGUCCUGAGCCUUCUUGUUUAGGAUUCAAGUGUAAAAUAAUAGCAAGAGACAACGGCUGUAAGACGUGUAUCUGUGAGUCCGCCUGCCCACCUACCGAAUGUAACAACCCUGGAUGUAAGGUGGAGGCUAAUCCCCCUCCAGGGAA